UAAGGGGCGGUGCAGCGCCGCGGCCCCAUUGUUGUCUGCGAGCGGCGGCGGGGCGGGACCGCGCGGCCACAGCCCCAGCGCGCGCCCCGCGCCCCCGGGAGCCGCCCCCGCCCCGCCCGCCCCGCCCCGUCGCGCCCGGGCCGUGGUGAGCCCCCCACCCCCACCCCCCCCCGGCACCCCACGGCUCUCCAUGCGAACCGGGGCCAAAUGGAUGCGAUCGCCAGCGCCGGGCUCAAGAGGAAGUUUGAGGAUGCGGACGUGGGCUCGCCGGGCUCCAACUCGGACGACGAGAUCUCCAACAGCGACAGCGCCGACAGCUGCGACAGCGUCAACCCCGCCAGCUCCACCGGCUUCAUCCCCACCUCCAUCCUGAAGCGGCAGAAGCAGCUCCGCAGGAAGAAUGUCCGCUUCGACCAAGUGACCGUCUACUACUUCGCCCGGCGCCAGGGCUUCACCAGCGUGCCCAGCCAGGGCGGCAGCUCCCUGGGCAUGGCCCAGCGCCACAACUCCGUGCGCCGCUACACGCUCUGCGAGUUCGCCCAGGAGCAGGAGGUGAACCACCGGGAGAUCCUGCGGGAGCACCUCAAGGAGGAGAAACUCCACGCCAAGAAGAUGAAGCUCACCAAGAACGGCACGGUGGAGUCGGAGGAGGCGGCGGGGCUGACGCUGGAGGACGUCUCGGACGACGACAUCGACGUGGAGAACGUGGAGGUGGAUGACUACUUCUUCCUGCAGCCGCUGCCCACCAAGCGACGCCGCGCGCUGCUCCGGGCCUCGGGCGUCCACCGCAUCGACGCGGAGGAGAAGCAGGAGCUGCGCGCCAUCCGCCUGUCCCGCGAGGAGUGCGGCUGCGACUGCCGCCUCUACUGCGACCCCGAGGCCUGCGCCUGCAGCCAGGCGGGCAUCAAGUGCCAGGUGGAUCGCAUGUCCUUCCCCUGCGGCUGCUCCCGGGACGGUUGCGGUAACAUGGCCGGUCGGAUCGAAUUCAAUCCCAUCCGGGUGCGGACUCACUACCUCCACACCAUCAUGAAGCUGGAGCUGGAGAACAAGCGCCAGGGCGGGCGGCCACCGGCGCCGGAGGAGGAUGCGGCCGCUGCGGCUGCUCCCGGCUCCGCUGGCGACUGGCUGGGGCCGCAGCCGGCCGAAACGCAGGACUUCCAGGAAUUCAUGGCGGAGAACGAGACGGCCGUCAUGCACCUGCAAACGGCGGAGGAGCUGGAGAGGCUGAAGGCUGAGGAAGAUUCCAGCAACGGCUCCGGCGUGGAGAGCUUGGGCGUUUGCAUCCUGGAGGAGCCGCUGGCCGUGCCGGAGGGGUUGUGCCCGGCUCUGGCCGCCCCCAUCCUCAUCCAAGCCCAGUUGCCUCCAGGCUCGUCCGUCCUCUGCUUCGCCGACGGCCCGGAGCAGGCGGCCUCGCCGGUGGGCAACCAGCCCUACUUGAACGAUGGCCCCGUGGUCUACUACCAGGUGGAGCAGCGGCCGGCGCUGGGCGCCAAGGGCGAGAGCAGCGCGGCGGAGCCGCCGGCACCGGCCCCCUGCCCCGGCGACAAGGACCUGGGCGGCCCCCCCGGCCCCCCCGUGACUUGCAGCCGAGCCGCCGCCACCCAGGGGGAAGCAGCCAAAAAUCCUCCGUCGUCCCCAGAGGAUGCGCCCGCUCCCCGCCGCGCCCCCUCCCCGUCCCCCCCGGCGCCGGAGCGGGCGCAUGAGCCGCCCCCCGCCGAGGAGCCCCCGCUGGGGCCCGUCCUGCCCGUGUGAGCGGCCCCCUCCCCCCCUCGGAGCUCAUUUAUUUAUUGACAAUGAUAUUUUAUGGACCGGCAGCAUCGCGGGGAGCGGGGGCUGCGUUGUACAGAAGAUUUUAGACGGCGUCGCCGCGCCGGGAGCCUGGAGCCUUCUCCCGGUUUGGCCGAUGGGACACGCCUGACCUGGAGCCUCCCGCUUCCCACGGCAGCUCCUGCCCGUUCUCCAUCCCCGGAGCAUCCCCCACCGCGGACCAGGCUGUCUUUUUUGGUUUUUAAGGAAAAAAAUAUUUUUUUUCCUUUUUUUGUUUGUUUGGUUGGUUGGUUGGGUUUUUUUUUUUGCCUUCCUUUAAUGAAUGUUUCCCAGGCUGUGUCACAACCGAGUGCCGGGGAUGCUGCCCCUUCCCAGGAUGGAUCGGGAAGGGCCCGGAGCCAGCGAGGAGGCUCCGACGGCACGUGAGAGACGAGCCCGCAGCCAACGCUCCGGGAAAAUUGGAGAGGAGGGGGCUGAACCCCCCGGAUUUGGGGAGCGGGAGCCCUUGGCGGCGGCAGCACGAGAUCCGUGUCCGUCUGCCCGUCCCGUGCUCCGCGCUCGCCCUGAGGAACCCUCAAAGCCUCUGGCCAGGUGGUAAAAGCACUUUCGAUCCCCUCCCCCCGCGCACCCCCCCAACCCCCAGGGCCCCCCCUUUGCCUCCGGCAGAAACUGGCCCCAUUGAGGGUCUCUGUGCUGCGUCAUGGGGGGCUGGGGGAGGGGGCGUCUCCCCUCCUUCCCCUAUUUACCAGGCUCUGGGCGAGCCCAUCUGGGCUUUUUAAGGAGGGAAUUGCCGGGGGGGGGGGGGGCACGAGGACCCCCCCCUUGCCCCACAAGCCGCCUCUGCUGGAGGGUUGACGCAGUUUCUCCUUGGAAAACCACCCUGGGACGCGGCUCCCGAGGGAAACGGCCCGGCUGGGGGGCAGGGAGGGUGUUUUUUGGGGGGGGGAGCUGUGAUCUGGUGAGGUGCUCAAAUUAUUUGGGGGGGGUCGUUGCGGUUUAAGGCUCUUCUGGCAGUGACCGAAGGUGUUUGGAGGGGUGCGAAUCCCCCUUUGCUGCUCCAGCCCGGCCACCCCCUCCCCCUGUGCCGGGACUGAGCCCCCCCCGGGGACCCCAUCCCCUCCUCCAGGCCGCAGCCGGGGGGAAGGGGCUGGUUUCCCAACCGGGGGGGCGUUGGUGCAGGUCACCGGCCGCACACAAGGGCUGGACGGGGAGGAACGAAGCCUUAUCGCUCGCGGACCCCCGCAUCCCCCCCCCCAGCCAGGAGCUGCCCCCCGCCCCCCUCAGCCGUGGGGGCUUUUUUCAGCUGCUGCAGGACACGGAGCUGCCAAACCCGAGCGGACGGUGACACUUUCUUUCUUUCCCUCCCCCCCUCCCCCUUUUUUUUUUUUUUUUUUUUGGGAUUCCCAACGGACUCGGCGCUCCCUGGGAUCUGCUCCGAGCUCCGUCAGCCGACAGAAUGAAUCCUCGGACGCUGGUCAGGGUGGGCGCUUUCCCCAGAAGCAAAGAACUCACAGGAUUUAUUCUAUUUUUACAAAGAGAACUAUGCUGUUAAUAGUGCAAUGAAAGCGCGUUUCUGCCUUUUUUUUCUUUUUUUUUCCCCUUUUUUUUUUUUUUUUUGGUUUUCUUGGUCGGUUUAAACGUACUCACGGACACUAAUGCUGGUUCCUGCUGGAUUCAUCCCCGUGUCAGAAACCAACCAGCCCAUCUCCUCUCUCUGGUGCUACCGGGAGCCGUGGCACCGGCACGUCGCCGAAAUCCCGGCGGCCCCCGGCUCCUCGUCCUAUUUAAACAGCGACUCCGCGACCCCCAAACCCCCCGGCUCACACGAAGGUGGCUUUUUCAUUUUCCAGUGUGAAUCCAAAGCUUGUCCUCCCAGUAUUUUUUUUUCCCGCCCCCCCGCCCCCCCCCCAGCCUUUUCUGUUCUUUUCAUGGUGAUAAUGCUGUAUUUAAAGAGAAUAUUUAAGUGUAAAAAUAAAAGAAAUGCUCAACCUUGCACGGUGAGUUUGGGGUUUAAAGGGGGUGAAACCCACCCUGGGGCAUUCCUCUUGGGGGGGGGGGGGUCUCAGAUUCCUGUAAAAAUAGCGGAGGGGGGGUAGGGGAAGGCGGUUCUUCUCUGAGAGUGGAGCGCAGAGCGGGUGAUUCCAACCCCUUUUUAUCCCUGAGUAAUGCUUAAAAAGGGAAAAAUUCCAGGUGAUAGACACACCGUCCGCGGGCGAGGAGCUGGUGGUGGGACACGGCGUCGUCCCCGGCGCGGGAGGAGCCUCAGAGAGACGCCGGAGCCGCUCGCUGGGGUUUUGUCUUUAAUAAAACACCGAAAAGUUGGUUUAAAUCCA